GUUUGGAUCAGACGGACAUUUAAGACAAGCCAUGUGAGGUGAGUCGGCACAGUUUGAACAACGUUAUUUGGAUGACAAUAGACGGCAUGCAGCGAAGUGUUUACAGCACUGUGGGAAAAAAAGAGAUGGCCGGGAAGUGCUUUGUGUGCGAUCUACUCCGGAACAUGAUCACCUUGAUGAAAAAGAGCCAGUGGAUGAACAUCUCCUCCUGAGAUAACCCCAGCAGCACUGUGUCCGUGUCCCAAUGCCUGAGGAACCAUGAUCUCCACAGCUCUCCGCCUGCUGGUUCUGGUGCCUUUUAUCAUUCUGACCAUUGUUGGGAACGUGCUGGUGUGUUUGGCUGUGGGGCUCAGCCGUCGACUGUGGCGCAUCACCAACUGCUUUGUGGUGUCCCUGGCGGUGACGGAUCUCCUGCUCGGCCUGCUGGUGAUGCCCCUUUCUGCCACUGUGGAGCUGCGCAGCGGACAUUGGCCCUUCGGAGGAGCUCUGUGUAACAUCUACAUCUCACUGGAUGUCAUGCUGUGUGCAGCCUCCAUCCUGACCCUGAUGGCCAUCAGCGUGGACCGAUACCUAGCCAUUUCAGCUCCCCUUAGCUAUUCCCGGAGAGUUACGCCUGUGAGGGUGACACUGGCCAUAAUCACCAUCUGGGCCUUGUCACUAGCUGUGUCCUUUGUGCCCAUCCACCUGGGCUUGAACACAGCGGACUACAGAGUGCAGCACUUGGACUGGGUCAUGGGAGAUGAGGUCAAGGAGGGACACUACUGCCAGUUUGAGUGGAAGAACAACUAUGUUCUCAUUUAUGCCUUUGGCUACUUUUACCUGCCUCUGCUGCUUAUGUGUGGAAUGUAUCUUUGCAUUUUCAGAGUGGCACGAAAACAGGUGCGGCGUAUUCGUGCUGCCACGCCAUCAUUUGCGCGCGCAGCAUCGAUUGCAGCCACAGCCCGGGAGCACAAAGCUACAAUGAGCCUGGCAGCUGUGCUGGGGGCCUUUGUCAUCUGCUGGUUCCCCUACUUCACCUUCUUCACCUGCAUGGCCAUCAAGAAAAAGACGUACGCCCCAAACACACUUAGCUCUGUGGUCCUGUGGCUGUGCUACUUGAAUUCAGCUCUGAACCCCAUCCUGUAUCCAGCCUUCAACAGGGAUUUCCGCAGGGUCUACGGAGAGCUCCUCCGCUGCCGAGGACUGUCUCGCAGAAACCUGCAGCUUACUCGUGUGUCCGUGCAUAAACAAAUGAACCUUACUAACGGACAAAGAGUUUCCCAACGGUCGGAAACACAUACAGACACGGUUAAUGAAGAAACUGAGGGGGAAGAGCCGGAGAGAAACGGUAUCCCUGAUGUGCCUCGGUGAAAUGCCCAGGAUGUGUCGUGCCAAAGAUAACGCAAUUACAACAUGAUGAACAUACAAAGCUGUUUUUGCACCGGACACAAACAUGAAGCCAAUCCAAUGUGCAUGUGUAAAUAAUAAUAAUCAAGGCAAUUCACAGUCCUCAUCUGUCUGUUUAUUAGACAGGUGUAUAUAGCGAACUGCAGUGUAAUUCAAAAUAAAGAGUAGGCAGA